GUCUCUCUCUCUCUCUCUCUAAAUUUCUGUUUACGAAUUUCUCGUCGGAGUUCAACAAGACAACCCAAAUUCAAAGAUUGUGGUGAUCAUCGGAGUCUUUUUUAUAGGCUAAUUCUCGCGUGAAUCUCGUUUUUUAAGUAUUGGAAUCUGAUUCUGAUUUGUAAUCGAGUCGAUUGAUCAAUUUUUGUUGUUGUUAGAAACAGAGUAUAUUGGAUUUAGAGAAAAAACGAAAAUAAUGGAUAGCUUCUGUUUGAAUCCUGGAAUCCAUGGGAUUGCUUCGUCUUUAUCAGUGAAUGGCGCUCUGGAUGUUCGUGUAAAUCCGUCUCAGGUUAGUACGACCGGUCGGUCGUCGGCGGCGGCGGCGGUUGAGAAAUCGUCGAAAACGAUAUCUUCGUCUUCUUCGUCGUCGUCGUCUUCGUCUUCGUCGUUUCUGAAGUUUUCUUUAAAGUAUCCAUUGCAAUCGCUGUGGAGUCGGAGUGGUGAAAAUGGGAAUUCGAGGCGUGGUGGUUUGGCGCUUGACGACGCCGUUUUGGUGGAGAGCGAAGACGAUCGGAGAGUCGUUUGUGAGGAGGAAAAUAAAAAUGUGGCAACCGGAUCGGAGUGGAGAAGUGGAAACUGGGUAAUGAAGAUUUUGCAGGUGAGAUCUCUGUGGAGAGAGGAGGAGAAGCAGGGAAUUGAAGAAGAUGAGCUUAGAAAGGAAAGGGAAAAAGAAGACCAUGUGGUGGAAGAUCGAGAAAUUUCUUGUGAUGACGAUGAAUUUUGUGAUACUUGCAGAAUCGUUGAGGAAGAAAAUGAAAAGGAAAUUGAAUUUGAUAAACAUUCGUUUUCGAGAUUGCUUCGACGGGUUUCCUUGGCUGAAGCGAGAUUGUAUGCUCAAAUGUCAUAUUUAGGGUGCCUCGCAUACUCCAUUUCUGAAAUUAAGCCAAAAAAUCUGCUGAGAUAUUAUGGUCUGCGCUAUAUAACUUCUUCAAUAGAAAGGAGGGAAUUAACUUUGAAAACUGAGAAAACCCAAGAGCCAGAUGAAUCUAAAGAGGUUGAAAAGGACAUAAACAAUAAUGUAGAGUGUGAAGAAGGGCAGAAAAAGGAUGGAAUAAGUGCAUCUACGGCUUAUGAGAUUGCUGCCUCUGCUGCUUCUUAUUUGCAUUCUCAUACCAGAAAAAUACUACCAUUCAGAUCUUCUAAAACUGAGGAUUCACUUGAAGAAGAAAAUCAGAACAAUGUUGAUAUGAUGAGCUCAGAGAUGGCUUCUUUGAUGGCGACCACAGAUUCGGUUACUGCUGUUGUUGCUGCAAAGGAGGAAGUGAAGCAGGCUGUAGCAGACAAUUUGAAUUCAACUCGAUCCUCACCGUGCGAAUGGUUUGUGUGCGACGAUGUUGAGAGCAGUACAAGAUUCUUUGUCAUUCAGGGAUCUGAAUCACUGGCAUCUUGGCAAGCAAAUUUGCUUUUCGAACCAAUCGAUUUCGAGGGACUAGGAGUCCUUGUCCACAGAGGAAUCUAUGAGGCUGCUAAAGGAAUGUAUGAACAGAUGUUGCCUGAUGUCCUUGAACACCUAAAAUCCCACGGUGACCGUGCCAACUUUCGAUUUACUGGUCAUUCUUUAGGAGGAAGCUUGGCAUUGCUUGUAAAUCUCAUGCUCUUGAUAAGAAACGAGGUUCCAGUUUCUUCCUUGCUUCCUGUCAUUACAUUUGGUGCGCCAUCCAUAAUGUGUGGAGGCGACCGCUUACUUCGUAAACUUGGUUUGCCUCGGAACCACCUUCAAGCUGUAACAUUACAUAGAGAUAUAGUACCACGAGCCUUCUCGUGCCAGUAUCCGAACCACGUAGCAGAACUUCUUAAAGCCGUCAAUGGGAACUUCAGGAAUCAUCCAUGUCUAAUGAACCAGAAAUUGUUGUAUGCUCCAAUGGGCGAGCUUCUAAUUCUGCAGCCUGAUGAGAAAUUCUCUCCAAGCCAUGAUCUCCUUCCUUCAGGUAGUGGUCUGUAUCUUUUAAGCUGUCCACAAUCUGAUGUCAGUGAUGCAGAGAAGCAACUCCGAGCAGCACAGAUGGUAUUCCUAAACACGCCUCAUCCACUCGAGACUCUUAGUGAUCGGUCCGCUUAUGGUUCAGGUGGAACAAUCCAAAGAGAUCACGACAUGAAUUCAUACCUAAAGUCAGUUCGAGGAGUGAUUCGUCAAGAACUAAACCGUAUAAGGAAAGCAAGAAGACAACAUCGGCGCAAGGUCUGGUGGGCUCUUGUGGCUCCAGGAAAGGUUGAUAUAGGAAUUGUGAUAGGACGGCCCACCAUUUCGAUCAACCUUGGGCAGGACCAGUUCAACUUCUCUGGAAUCCUUCAAACGGGAAGAGAGUCGUUGAGACGGUUCAGUAGGCUUGUUGCUUCACAGCAUAUGAAUCUGCUUGUGGUGUUGUUGCUUCCUGCUAGAUUGCUAUUCUUUGAAGUCAAUAGGGUGGUUGGUUAAAAGUUAGAAGUUAAAAGAUAAAAGAUUAUGUUCUUCAUCUGGUUUCUUGUCACUUUUUUGGUGGAGCUGGAUGAAUUGGCUGUUUGUAUAAACGGGGGUUCAAUUGGUUGGCCAAACAGUUUAGAUCAAGAUUCUUUAUUCAUUGGUUCCAAAAUAUAGACAGCAACAUCAACUAAUGUUGCUAAUUCAAUGUUACGAAGCAAAAUCAUUUGUCAAAGACAGUGUAUUUCUAGAAAUGAAAACUUCUUAUGCAUUGUCAUGGAGUUGUUGGAACUUCUUCUCUGCCUUCAAGAAACAGUUGCUUGUACUCUAGUAUUGUUCUUGGUCUCCUGUUAAUCUUCAUUGAUAAUGAUCAUUGUGAACAAUUACUACACGCUUUUGUAUUCUUCAGUUGUAUUUUUGUUUCUGUUUUUGUCAAGAAGGAAUUGUGGAUGAAAUUUAAUAAUAGAAGUUAAGUUAGAAAAGA